UUUGUUUGUAUGUUGCAAUUGGUAUCGCAUCUGUGAAGACCUACCUUGUUUUUCUGAAUAUGCUCUCAUGGUACAGGGGUCAUAUUACUCGGCUACGUAAAGGCGAAAAAUCUUGGCUCCCUUCAGCUGUGCGAAAGUUGUCUGCCUCACCACCUAGUUUGUUGGCUGCUGGAAUGAAGUAUGCUGGAUUCCAAGUUGCUUAUACUGCUUGGGCCUUCAUGAUAACUGUGUUUCUUCUGUUACUUAUUCUUGGUGCAGCAUCUUCAUUUCUAAUCUACCCAGCUUUCAAUGGCAAAUCUGCCUUUAUAUUGGAAUUUCUAGCCCAGAUUUGGCCAGCGAUAUUGCUUUCUGUGCUUCUCUAUCUGUCUCAAUUUUUGUCAGCAAAAUACCUGUUUUUGCAGCAAAGUGGUGCAGUUAUGUCCAUUGACAAUAGAAGUAUCUUCCACCUGUCUUCGUAUUACAUGUUCUUCUUCAAUAUGUUUCUUGGUUUAUUCUCGUGCCUUAUGCGUAUCAUAAAGGGGCUCGUUAUUGGCGUCCUGUUUCUUGAACGCGUCCAGAAGAGUCUUUUGCCCCGUUCAUUUGAAAAUAUGGACCCAGGUUACUAUGCCUACGUUGGAUAUAUCUUGGUUGAGCAUUAUCAUGCUAAUCCAGUGCAAUGCGUGUUUUUCUAUUUGCUGAAAGAACAGCUAAAGGCAGUAAAAAGAAAAAGAGCUUCAAUGGCUGUUAUCAUUAACAAUGACUUUAUUGUAAACGGUGAAACUGUGUCAAAGGGAAUUGACUUUGAGAUGCAAGACAUGCAGUUCAGCAAGGAGCUGAAUCUAUUUGACAAAAGAAAGAUCAUUCGUAACAAAUGGUAUUUAUGUUAUACUUUGGUCAACAACCCAUCAUUGGUCAAGUAUAGGAAAAGUAAUCUUGAUGAGAAAGAAGAAAAUUUAUCGGAAACGGAACAAGCGGACAGUAUUGAAGAAGAACAAAAUGAAGAUGUAGCAGAAGAGAAAUGAAACUUAUGAUGUAUAACAUCUAGAAGAUAUUCUGCUAGCAAGCUUGUCGUCUAAUUUAUAAUUUUUGGCUUUUGCGAAAGACGUUGAAAAGAGUAAAACUCUCAUUUCCAGAUUUUCACUUAUAUUUUUAUUAUAUGGAGCGCAUAUAUUGCUGUUAAUAAUAUUUAAAUCUCUACUGACUAGCUGAAGUUGAUACUUGUUCCCAUAUGUCCGUCAAUAGAAAAAAAUAAAUUGCUAUUAAUCAGUCAAUAUCUCUGUAUUCCAGUGCAUGAUAAGAUGUAAUUUCCUUCUUUAAGAAUUGAUGACACUUAAUGUCAAGUUCUGGACAAUAUUCUAAGAUAAAAAGCACCUAACUUGGUUAGUUUUAAAUACUAUGAAUACAAUUUUUCUGUAAUUGACUAGUAAAAUGUACUUUAUUUCCUUUUAUUUUACAAAUACCUUUGUAUCAUAAUAUAUUUGA